AUGGCACCAGGUGCGAUCUAUGAGGAAGCAGUCCCAGCAGGGGUCACUGGAUCCAAGACGGCGACGACAUCAACAACUUCCACAGCCGCCGAAAAAGAACAACAACUCACGCCGCUCGAGUCCAUGGCGCACCGGGCAAACAGCAAGCCCCUACCCAAGAUCCCGACGUUCACCGACAUGGCGGCCAAGCGGCAGUGGCAGCUCGAACACAUGGCGGGCUGUUUCCGGGUGUGGGCGCGCGAGGGCUACGCCGAGGGCAUCAGCGGGCACAUCAGCGUGCGGGACCCGGAAUUCGAGGACCGCAUGUGGAUCAACCCGCUGGGCGUGCACUAUGGGAUGCUCAAGGCCAGCGAUAUGGUGUGUAUCAACUACAUGACUGGGGAGGUUGUGGGGGGAAAUAUGGACAUCCCAGCAAACGCCGCCGGCGUCCAGAUCCACAGCGCCGCCCACAAACGCCGCCCCGACGUCCACGCCGUCUGCCACGCCCACUCGAUCUACGGCCGCGCAUACUCGGCCUUUGCCCAACCCCUCGAAAUGCUGACCCAGGACGUAUGCAACUUCUACAACGCGCACUCGAUCUACCGGUCGUACGGAGGUGUCGCGCUGGCCGCCGAGGAGGGCGACAAUAUUGCCAAGGCGCUGGGCGACGGCAAGGCCGCCAUCCUGAUGAACCACGGCUUGUUGACUGUCGGGCACACCGUCGACGAGGCCGCGUUCCAGUACAUGGUGCUCGAGCGGAGCUGUAAGGUGCAGUUGCUGGUCGAGGCGGCCGAGGCGAAUGGGAGAUUGCAGAAGAAAGUCAUCGGGCCGGAGGAGGCUGCUUACAAUUUCAAGAUGAACAGUGAUCCGGAGACGCUGUAUUUUGAAAUGCAGAGUCACUUGAGAUACGAGGAGUAUCUCUCCGGCGGGGACUACAAGAAUUGA